AGCCGCGCGUCCAGCCCGCCGGCAUGGCCCCAGCAGCGGCGUCGGGGGGCAGCAGCCUGCCCAGCGGCUUCUCCGUCUUCACGACCUUCCCGGACCUGCUCUUCAUCUUCGAGUUUAUCUUCGGGGGCCUGGUGUGGAUCUUGAUUGCCUCGUCCCUGGUGCCCAUCCCCCUGGUCCAGGGCUGGGUGAUGUUUGUGUCUGUGUUCUGCUUCAUGGCCACCACAGCCCUGCUUGUCCUGUACAUAAUUGGUGCCCACGGCGGGGAGACUUCCUGGGUCACCCUGGACGCAGCCUACCACUGUAUCGCUGCCCUGUUUUACCUCAGCGCCUCUGUGCUGGAAGCUUUGGCCACCAUUGGGAUGCAGGAGGGCUACACCUACAAACAGUACCACGAGAACAUCUCUGCAGUGGUGUUUUCAUAUGUGGCCACUCUGCUGUACGUGGUCCAUGCAGUGUUUUCUUUAAUCAGAUGGAAGUCUUCAUAAAGCAGCAGAACUUUUGCUGAAAACCCAGACGGUGUUAACUGAUCAGCCUGCCUUCCAGCAUAACAUUUUAGAAUGCACAAAUACUCUCGAUGGUGGAAAAAAGAAAACAAAAAAGCGAUGCUCUGUUUCUUGUGGGUGUUAUGUUUACUCUCCCAUAUACCUUCAUGUCAGGGCUGGGGGCCUGUAUGUUUAAACUCCAACCACUGAGCUGUCUUUCUAGAGCUGUUUCCUAUUUGUGGAAGGGGGCUGUGGGGCUGGGAAAUAGGGACUGUGCCCACGAAACAAAGAUCCCCUGGUGACCCCUGGACCGGAUCUUGAGAACUGUCUGUUGGACUUCCCACAAGCUCUUUUGAGUACCCAUCCUGGGGCACGUUUCCAAGUCUUCAUGGAUAGUCUCCCUGUCCUGGGGAGUAAAGGUCACCCAACAAGUAUCUGCAGAUGUCCACAGUGGAAGAUGAUAAACCUUUGAAAUACUUUAUAAAAUGCCUUUAUGCUCAAUA